AUGUCCGGUCUCAGAAAAAUCUCCACCUCCUCGGGGAAUGCCAACUCUUCCACCGCAGCCAAGAAUUACGAUUCCGUCAUGAAGAUUCUCCUCAUCGGUGACUCCGGAGUCGGCAAAUCUUGUCUGUUGGUUCGUUUCGUCGAGAACAAAUUCAACCCUUCCUUCAUCACCACCAUCGGUAUCGACUUCAAGAUUAAGACCCUCGAUAUCCAAGGCAGGAAAAUAAAGCUGCAAUUAUGGGACACGGCGGGCCAGGAACGUUUCAGAACAAUCACAACGGCAUACUAUAGGGGUGCCAUGGGUAUCAUUCUGGUAUACGACGUCACAGAUGAGAGGACAUUUCAGAAUAUAAGACAAUGGUAUAGUACGGUCAAUGAACAUGCUAAUGAGCAGGUACAGUUGCUGCUUGUUGGAAAUAAGAGCGAUCUAGGAAAUAGACAGGUCACAAAGGAACAAGGAGAGGAAUUGGCAAGGGAGUUAGGCCUACCAUUUAUGGAGGCAAGUGCUAAGAAUGACGAUAACGUGAAUGAUUUGUUUUUGCAACUGGCAAAAUUGAUCCAGGAGAAGAUAGAUAAUGAUGAGAUGGGGGAACCUAGGACGGCCAAGAAAAAUGUAAAUAUAAAAUCAAAAGAUGGGAAAACAUCCUCUUGUUGUUAG